GUCGCCGUGCGGGAGUCUGGUGGGCUGUUGGGGCUGACGGUGGCUGCCGCUCGCUCGCUCGCUGGGUUCCUCGCUUGCUCGCUCGGGAACGAUGGCGGAGGGAGAUAACCGAUGUACCAACCUGCUGGCUGCGGAAACUGCGAGUCUGGAGGAGCAGCUGCAAGGAUGGGGAGAAGUGAUGCUGGUAGCUGAUAAAGUCCUGCGGUGGGAGAGGGCCUGCUUCCCACCUGCCAUCAUUGGUGUGGUCUCUCUGGUGUUUCUGAUUAUCUAUUAUCUAGAUCCAUCAGUGCUGUCCGGUGUUUCCUGUUUUGUUAUGUUUUUAUGCUUGGCUGACUACCUUGUUCCUGUUCUGGCGCCCAGGAUUUUUGGCUCCAAUAAAUGGACUACCGAACAACAGCAGAGAUUCCAUGAGAUUUGCAGCAAUCUAGUAAAAACCCGACGCAGAGCUGUGGGCUGGUGGAAACGCCUCUUUACAAUAAAGGAAGAGAAGCCUAAAGUGUACUUUCUGAGCAUGAUCAUCCUUCUUUCUGCUGUGGCUUGGGUGGGACAGCAGGUCCACAACCUCCUCCUCACCUACUUGAUUGUGACUUCCUUGCUACUGCUUCCUGGACUAAAUCAACAUGGAAUCAUCUCGAGGUACACUGGAAUGGCCAAGAGGGAGAUAAACAAGCUUCUCAAGCAAAAGGAAAAGAAAAAUGAGUAGUGUGUUGUGGCUCGUGGAGUCCAGCCAGCCCUGAACACUUUCUUCCACGCUAUCUGGAUUGUACAAUGUUACACAGUAGCGCUUUGCUCUCCUUCUCUCUGCCCUUAGUUCAUAGGAAUUCACACUUGCCCAGUUAGGCCUUGUGCGUAGUGUCUUUAAGUCAAGUGUAGCUGGGUGAGUUCUUGUUAGUUGGCCUUAAAGGGACAACUUGCUAGUGAGUGUGACCUUGAUUUUCCUCCCCAGGAUCAGCAUUUUGCUUUAGAAUAAUAGGAUGCAGUUAGCAGUGACUUGGGAUGCAGGUUGACAUGUGCACUAGCUACGUGGACCAUAGUGGCCCGUGGCUACAGGAAGCUGCUUCCACAGUCUGCUCCCAAACUGCCUGGCUUCAUGAAUAUAGAGAACACAUUUACUACUUGUGAAAAGACCAAUCAACAUUUAGUCAUUCCUCAUUCUGUCUCUUGAGCAUGGGAGAAUGCCCAGGGAACAAAUGAAGUGCAUUCCGCACCCUCCUCAGCACGGGUGUCUCCCCGUGCCUGUCCAGCGUAGCCAUAUCUAGGAAACACUGGUGAUGUCCCUGUGAAGAUUUUGACAGGACUAGAGUGCUCUUCCCCUGGCUUCUGCCUCAAGUUGCUCAGUCCUCAAAGGCUCGGGACUCCUUACUUCAAGAUUAGAGUUGGGUUUGUAGCAUGCCUGUUAAGGCAAAAGCAGUGAGACCUCAAGUCUGCAGUAGGUUAAGACAUCUGUGACUUUUACUCCAAGACCAGUCAGUCGGGGCACAAGUCUUCCUAUGUUUAGUUCAGAUUCUCUGCAGUAGAAAAGAAAACAAUCUACAAAUCUUAAGACCACAAAAAGCCUUCAAAAGCAUCAGAAAUUGUGUUCGGCGGCCACAGGUUUGCGUAGGGGUAGCUGGUAUCUUCCUCCACUGUUUCUCAGAAACGGCCGUGGCUGCUGCAGAGAGCAGACUUGGCAGGUUGGCCUUUGAUGUAGAUGUGUGGAUUUUGUGACUUGGAAAGCUUCUCAGAAGCACCCUUUCCUCUUAGCCCCUAGGACUUUAGUUGAAAUUUGUAGGUUUGAACCCGAGGGCCAAACUGUGACAUAGUUGGGAACACUUGGUAGCCUGCUGAUUCGCGGUGACUAGUUUUGUGGACAAAUUGCACUGAUGCUUGUUCACCGGCCCCUGCUGAAGGGCCACCUCUUCCCUUCCUACCCGCUGUAAAUUUGCCACCCAUCCUGGCUUCCGUGCUGUUUUUUUUUUUAAUGUGUCCAUGACAACUACCUUAAUUUUACAUGUUUCCUCAUUGUAAAUAAGCUGUCUUCCUAUCUAGAUUUGUGUGUGUGUAUGUGUGGAUACAUGUUCUACCAAAUGAUGUACUUCGGCGGUUUUAAUCCUGCAUUUCUUCUAUUUUGUUUUGUGUAAAAGGGGGAAAAUAAAAACAUCUGGAACGAG